AUGGGGGAUAAGUGGCCAUGGGUUCAGCAAUUCAAGAUACAGCCGAGCCGUCGACCAACGGCCUCUGCAUUGCUGCACUGUGCAGGUGUCACCUUGUACAACCAUGUGUUUCUUGUGCUUCCAGCAUCUGUGGCCCAGUGGGUGUGGAGGCCACCCGCCGACCUGCCAGACCAGGCUCCGUCCCUGCUGGAGCUGAUCGCCGGGGUGAUAGGCAACCUCCUGCUUUUUGACUUGCAGUACUUCAUUUGGCACCUGCUCCAUCACAGGAUUCGCUGGCUGUAUGUCACCUUCCACGCAAUCCAUCACAAUUACUCGUCUCCCUUUGCUCUUGCGACUCAGUGUCUUGGUGGCUGGGAGCUGGUUACAGUGGGCUUCUGGACCACCCUGAAUCCUGUGAUCCUGAGAUGUCACCUGUUCACUACGUGGGCCUUCAUGGUGUUGCAUGUAUACGUUUCUAUAGAAGAUCACUGCGGCUAUGAUUUCCCCUGGUCCACAUCUCGUCUGAUACCAUUUGGCAUCUACGGAGGGCCCAGCAAACAUGACGUGCACCAUCAGAAACCCAAUACAAACUUUGCACCGCACUUCAGUCACUGGGACAAAAUAUUUGGCACACAUGCUGAUUUCAGCUUCUCUUCAGCUACGAAGUAAACUAUUGCAAGCAGUGAGACGUGUGUUUUUGUGCUUCUUUUUCAAAUCAUGUGCCUGUAAAACAUUUUUGCACACAAAUAGAGCAAAAUUACUGUCAGUACUGUGCUGAUAGUUUAAUGUGUCUUUAGUGACAGUUGCCAAUUCAAUUAAAAUGUUAACAUUUGAACUGUGUGCAUAAUCUAAAUGUGUGGUUUAUAAACUUUGAAAGUGAUCUUGAGCUUUGGCCAUGGCUUAUCAGUUUUUUCCUUAAAAGAAACCUUGUGUUUUCAGUGCAUGCUUAUUUUCUCUUAGUUUAAAACUACAACAGGAAUGUAUCUAGUUAUUAGCAAUGCAAUUGUGUAAUUCUGAGUCAAUGCUGGUGUUAAAAGUAAUGUGACCAGUGACAUUCUAUUACUCUGUGUUUAGUUGGUUCUAUUUUGUGGUUAUUUAUUCCCACUUUAUUCCCAGGGAAACAAAAAGGUUUUGAUAGUUUUUAACUAGCUGCUAGUUAACUUAUCGUUAUUUAUCUUUAAACUUUCAUGCAAGCAAAAAAUUGAUGUGACAACAGAUAAACAUCCGCUACUGCAGUAUUUGCUCAUAGCAGUGUUCUGCUGGUAUAUUGUAUUCCAAAUGGUUGUAAUUUAAUAAAUUUCUGUG